UAUAUUUUCAAUUUUCAAUUUAAAUAUUUUUUUACUAGACAAUUCAAGUGAUUACAGCAGUAAUGAGGAAGGUUUACCUAUGAAGAAGUUUGUUAUCACGUUUUCUGAGGAUGAAUGGUUUAAAAUGCAGCCUCAUAAAGUUGUUUAUAAAAAAAAAGAUAAAGAUCGUCCAUUGCAAAGUUUUAGAGCAUAUGAUUCUUUACCUAAAAAUACUUGGACACCGAUUUUAGCCGAGCAUUUCUGGAUCCAUACAGAACUUCCUUGUUGUCUUUCAUUUCGUAGAGGAAAAGUUUAUUCAAAUGGACCCAACUAUGUUGUUGUAAUAGGACGUUGCACUGUUUGUAGUUCACAGUUUAAAGGCAUAAUACCAGAAAAACCACUGGGAAACUCACGAGUACUGAUGCAGUGUGAGUACAUUGGUAAUUUUAAUGAAAUCCAUAAUGCAUUUAAAAAACGCCGUAUGAUUGGACCAGCCAAAGAAAGAGCUAUUACUUCAAUUUUUGAAGAAGGAUUAUCCUGCGAGACUCACAGAGAAAAAGAAGCAGAACGAUUAAUAAAAGAAGGUACCUACUUCAUAUCAUUAUUCAUUAAAUUUGGUUAAGUUUAAAAUUUAUAAGAUAUAUCUUUUAUAAAAAUAUAAUAC